UUUUAUUAACAGAUGUAUUCUUUUUAUUCCAGCACUUGUAUAUACAAAGUGUACAUAAAUUAGCUUCUUAAGAUGAGCUCCGGGGGCAGAGGCAGCCGGGGCAACAAAGGUCCGAAGGCGGGUGGCGGUGACCGUAACACCACUGCUGCAACACAACAGCAACAGUCACAGCCAGUUCAGGAACAGAAACUGGACAGCCAGGCUAUAGAUAAAGACAAGGGUGGAGAAGCUGUGCCACACAAGAUUGCACCUACAGCGGAACAGCUUCGAAUUGCCCAGAUGAUUGACAGUAUGCGGACAGAACCAGAAAAAAAGCUCCAGGAGAAAAUGAAUCAGGUGAUGCAGUUCACAGGCGUAAAUGCAGAUGAUGCCUUGGUGGCCCUCCACGACUGUGAUAAUGACGUGAAUGCUGCCAUUGAUGCUCUGUUAGAAGGGGAUGAUCAAGGCAAGUGGCAAGAGUCAACCAAGAAGAAGAAAAAGCCAACACCAAGCAAGCCAACGGAGACAGAGAGCAACAAGGAAAAUCGGCGGGUCGACUCCCGCGAGCGCAGUGGAUCCCGGCCAAGGGGAGGUGGACCACCCAGGUUUAGAGGGCGAGGUGGUGGCAGUGGCCGUGGUGGUCGUGACAGUGAGAGCUGGGAUGGCCCUGGCCGUGGUGAAGGGUCAAGGCGAGGCAGGAUGACCAACGGAACUCCCAUGGCAAGAGGACGAGGUGGACGUGGUCGAGGGAAUUCCAUGAGUGCACGUACAUUCCAGAAUAGACAGGCUCCUGGGUUCCCUGAUUCCAUAGACACCUGGGGACCUCCUACAGAUGAUAAGCCCAAUCAUCAAAACAAUCUCAAGAUCGACAAUUGGGAUGAUGAACCAACUCCUGGUACAGAUGAUUGGGACAGUGAGUGGACGGGGUCAUUAGAUCAGACUACAGUGUUUGGACCUUCUGGUGGUACUAGUGCUGCAACUGUGGCACCCCCAUUGGCAGAGAACAUGGCUGAUCCAAUGGCAGUUGGCAGUCCAGCAGUAGCCCCAACUGCAUGCUCAGCUGUGGGCUCUACUGUUGGACAGUCAGUAAGCCCAGCUGUUUCUCUGGCACCCAGCCAGGCCUAUACCCCAAACCCACCUCAAACCUAUCAACCUCCACAGGUGUCCAACUACUCUACAGCAAGUGUCUCUACUUAUUCCUCAUCCACAGCUUCCACGGCUUCUAUCACUCAACCCCAGACUAUGGAUUUGGCUGCCCUGCUUCAGAAGGCAGCCCCACAGUCAACCCUGACUGGUCUAGUUUCCUCUGCACAGUUAGGUGGGAAUAGCAAUACCAACAGUGGAGGUGGCGGUGGAGGAAGUAGGGGAGGUGGGGCCUCCCUUGUACCCCCAGCACCAGGACUGAGUGUUGGAGGCCAGCAUGGGAUAUUAGGUGGGCUCAGCACCAAUGUUGGUGAAUCUUUGAAGGCUGGAGGUCUUGUGGGAACAGUGGGUGUGUCAGUCACUUCUCCAUCACCGGCAUCAUCAACACCGGCACCAUAUGCCACACCAACAGCCCAGCUUCAGGCAGCCAUCUUCUCAAGCUCUGGUCUGCACAGUGGGGUUACAAGCAGCCUAGCAAGCAGCAUAAGCAACAACAGCAAUGUAAUUAACAAAGCUGUUAGUCUGUCUUCUGUUAGUGCUAGCUUACCUUCUCGUCCCAAGACGCAGAGACCCAGGAUACCACAGGCUUCAAAGAUACCCCUCUCUGCAGUUGAGAUGCCUGAAGAUGCCAUGGCUGCAUUGGAUGUACAAUUCAGUGGAUUAGAGUUUGGUACAGAGACCUUUGACUUUACUACAGAUGUAAAGACAAGCUCAAGCAGUACUGGCCUUGUUAGUACUACGCCUGUUAAUGCCCUAGACCCAUCUGCCUCCACUCCUGUCUCCAAGGAUCUCACAUCUGCUCCUCUAUCAUCUUCUCUGGCACAGACACAAAAGAGAACCAUUCAGCUGCUGUCUUCAGCCAGGCUCAGAUCUACCAGAAAUAUUGCUCAAAACAUCCCUCUAUCAGCUGGCCAGCUUGGACCUGAGCCCAUUCCAUUCCCCUCCUCUCAAACAAGUGAGCGCAAACCCUCUGGAGGGGCCUUCGUGCCUGGGAACCAACGUAGCAGUGUCAGCAACAGUGCAGCACCUCAGGGCCUGUCAGACCUUACCAAGAAUGAGACUGGUGGUAGUACGGGUGGUUUAGGGAGCCUGGUUGGGUCUGCUGGCCCAACAUACCAGUCCUACACCAGCUCCAAGUCCUCCACCUCCUUCCCUUCCCCACCCUCUGCUCCCUACUCACAGCCACCCUCACAGAAUUCCUACACAAACAGCAGUCAACAGGGAGGCAAUGGUGGUAGUAGCAGCACUGGCUACAGCAAUGCCAAUAGUGCAGCAGUUGCAACUAAUAGCAACAACAAUACAAGUAGUUCACAGCCAACAGGUGGCUAUGGAUCCAGUUUCUCUGCUCAGGCAUCAGUUGCAGGAAACAGCAGCAGUCAGUAUCAGAACAGCUACGUUAAUGCCUCUAGUCAUUCAUCGCUGGGUACUAUCACAGCUCCAAAACCCCUUGCGGGGCUACCAACUGCACCUUCUGUAGUAAAGGAUACUGCACAGAGUUAUGCAGAGCAGACAUCAACUGGAGGUUCAGGGUUGUCCAGUACGCUAUCCACAAGUGCUUCAGUUAGUAGCAGUAGCACAAGUAAUAGCACUGGUCCAACAGUGUUAUCGGCCACAUUGAACUCUGCUUCUGCACAUCCUGUACAGCCUUCUAAACCCUCUGUUCCAGGAAAAGUUAUGAGUGGAUUAAGUGGUGCAGUGCCUCCAGGUGUACAACAGCAUCAGCAGCCUCAUAUCCAUCAGCAGCAGGCACAGCAACAUCAGCACCAGCAAGCACAGCAACAUCAGCAGCAGCAACAGCAGGCACAGCAGAUGAUGGCUCCGCAUUCCCAAUAUGUUUCCCCACCAGCUGCUGCAGCUCUGCAGGGUGCUCUCCCACCUGCCUUUUACACAGGCCUUCAGCAGCCUGCCAUGUACUCUUUGGAAGACUUCCAAUUACUACAACAACGGCUGCCUCAUAUGCAGGCUCCAACCAGUUUAGCCACUGGCCGUGAUGGGAACAUGACGUCAGCAGCUUACUCUGCAGCUGAUGCUAAAUUCCGGACUGACCAAAAUUCCUCUCCUGUUCCCUCCACCAUGAAUCAACAAGGAGCACAGGCAGGUGGUACAUACAUCACAGCAGCUGGUAAUGCAGCAAUGCCACCAUUCUACAUGUACCAUAAUAUGGCAGCAGUUCCAAGCUCCUUCCCUCAAUAUGGAACACCAACUGCCAUAAUUCAGAUACCACCUGUUACUAAUGCACACACUGGGUCAAACACCAACCAAUUCCCAGCAGCACCUAAGUUGCAGUAUGGUACUGGAAGCUACUAUGAAAACUUAUCACAGACUCAGGACUUCAAGACUGGUUAUGGAUCAGCGUCCCAGAAUCAGAACAAGGCUGGUGGGGCAUCAACAGGCUCAGCCACCAAUUCGGGGACUGAACUUGGAGGAUAUAAGAGUCACCUUAAUAAAGUAGGAAGGUCAUAUGACAAGCAAGGUUUCCAUACGGGAACUCCCCCGCCAUUCAACCUGGCUGGCUCUGGCACCAAUCCCAUGACUGCUAAUGCAUACCCGCCUAUGUUCAUCCCUACUAUCCCAGCUGCUGCACAGCACCACUCCCCUCUCAUGCAUCAUCAGCUCCACCAGGAUGGUGGCAGCUCUGGUGGUCAGCGUGCAGGGACAGCAGGUGGACAAAACAAAGGUGGAUCUAAGCCAGCUUAUGGUGGUUCUUACUGGGGAUCAAACUGAGGGGUCUCGUCUAGAGAAUCUUCAUAUGUCCCUAAGGAAAUCCUAACCUGGGAACCCUAUAAAGAAGGGCCUGGAUGAUUGUGAAGUGAAUGAGAAGCCUGAAUACACUUGUGUGUUUUCGAGGCCGCAUUCAUUCCCAACCACGAUAUAGGUGCCUCUCAGCAUCCGGAGCAUCAAUUUGUCAAUUAGAAAUGAAAAUGCGCUCACAGAAGUCUUUGAUUUAAACAAAAAAUAAAUUAAUUGCUUAGAUGGAUGUACAAGGGUCAAAACGUAGUUGUACUCUUUAGUCAGUGCAAAAAACAAAAAAAAAAUACUAAUACAAAGGAUUUGCUUGUCUCGGUACAUAAUUUAAUACGUGUAUGAGGUAAGUUAUUCCUCACCCUUAUAGGUCAUACUUUAUGUGAAGUCGUCCAAGAUGAUGUAAAGUGGAUAUAAUAUUUAGCAUUUGUGGCAAUGGUGUAUUCAGUCUUGCUCUUCUCACUUGUAAAUAACGGAUGCCACUGAAUAAACCAUGGGCGCAGGUCCACUGGCAUGGUGCAUUUUUCCCGCAACCUCUCACUCCACAUCUUUUUAUAUUUACAGAAGUUUUACAGAUUGUAUGUUUGGGUGAUAGGAUUUGGCAAAGAAGGACUAGUGAUUGUACACCACUAGAACAGAUCUUCAUAUAGGAUACAAAUAUUAGUCAUCAUCCUAUUCUGGCGGUUGAAAUGUUAACACGUUUCUUGCAACUCUUUAUUGGAGGGCUCCAGUGUAAUUUGAAAUGACAGUUCUUUGAAUUUGCCUUUCAGUGGUCACCCCAGAAUAGGAUGAUUGUAUGUUCAACUCACUUUAUAUUGAUUUUUUAUUACUUUUUUUUUUUUCUUUCUUUCUUUUCCCCCCUUUUUCACUUCCGUAUCUCUCUAGGUACAAUAUAAUCCCAUUCCUGUUAAAGGAAUGCUGUAUCAAUGAUAUGAAAAGAAGCCUCUUGUUUUGUAAGCUUUUUGUGUAGUGAGAUAUUUCAGUUCCACCAUUAAAAUAUCUUGAAUCUAAAAA